AUGUCAGCGAAUCCCCCGCCAACCGAACCCCUGGCCGCGGUGCCGCCUCAACCUCCCCAAGCUACCGAGACUCCCCAGGCUCCUGAGGCCCCUCAGCCCGCUCAAGACUCCCAGGCCCCGCAGAUUGUACAGGUUUCGGAGACUCCUACUCAGUACCCCCAACUGUCUCACCUCCCCCAGGCCCCUCCUACCCAGCCCCAGCCGGCACCGGCGGAGUCACAGCCCUUUCAGCCCCUCCACCAAGUUGUUACCUAUGUCGAGAACCACAAGCUAGCAAGCCUCAUCCUCAUUACCCUGUUCUACCCAUACGUCGGAAAAUGGAGCGCCCAGGUUUCGACCACUACUUCGUGUACAUCCUCCCCAUAUGUCGGAUACUAUGACCCUGUCAUCGCUACCAUCCUCAGCGUUGUCGCCGUGCAUCAGAACCGGUACACCUCAUGGCAGGCACGCUUCGCCUAUCUGCGGUGGACAUCUUUCGCCUCGACAUUCGAACGGGCCCUUGGAGGAAGCACCAUCACCGUGGGCCUUGUGAUCAGCCUGCUCUCCCCAUUCCCCAUUGCAUCCCUAACCACCGUCGUCCUCAUCGCGUGGCAAUACAUCGUCGUCUCCUACCACAAGGAGAUCCGCCGCAUUGCCGCCUUGACCGAUGAGAUCUCUUCUCAGGCCAGGGCAGGUGUUGACAGCAGCCGGCUCUAUGCGUCGUCCGUCACCGCAUACGAAAAGGCGAUCCUGCGUCUCGUCGCAGUCCUAGUCAACGACACCGGCCGCUACAACCUGGACGUCUACAGACCAUCCCCAGGCAUCGGUCCCCUCCUCACAGGAAACAUCGAAGCCAUCACCCCAGCCGCCAAGGAAGCAACGGCCCUCGUAACAACCUCCUGCACGAACCUCCCCAAGGCCCUCUCCGCCCUCGAACACAUCAAGUACCUCUCCGACAAGGCAAACCUUCUCGCCCGGCACGGCGAGAUCGCCGAAGCAGACGCUCUCCUCUCCCAGCUCUCCACAGCCCUAACAACAAUCCGCGAAGUGGAAGCCCAACUCCUCGAAGCAAAGACCAAAGCCCACGACAUCGCCGUCAAAAUCCACCUCGACGACCUCGUCGCCUCCCACAAGAAAAUCGUCGACCAGCUCACAGCAGCCGCCGCAGCACCCCCUCCGGCCCCCCCACAACCCACCCCUGCACCCGAGGAGCCCCGCCGCGCAGACCCCUCGGAACUCCCCAACGCGGUGACCCUCCGCAACCCCAAAGUCAUCGUCGGCGGCCUCUCCGGCGCCCCCGAGGACAUCGACGACCAAGCCUUCAAGCUCGACAUCCCCUUCGCCGUCUCAGUCUACGGCCACUCCAGCUCCACCCUCUGGAUCAUCGACAACGGGAUGAUCUGCCUCGACCAAGCGCCGACCGCCAGCCCAGCAAGUGUGCGUACCGGCCAGCAGCUGCCCUACCGCGACGGCAUGGCGCCGUACUGCCUCUUCCCGCUGUGGAAAGACCUCAAGAUCACCAAGGGCAAGCCGCACGGUAUCUACUGGGACGUUGAAGGCGCCGCGCCGAACCGAAAACUCAUCAUCGAGUUCUAUGUCACCCGGUAUAACAUGGAGGACCAGUACUUCCACUUCCUGGUUAUACUUGAAGAGGCGAGGCAGAAUGUUGCGACGUUCCGGUACUUUGAUGUGCAGGAUCAGGGGGCUGAGGGGACGGUGGGCGUGCAGGGGCCGCAGAACUAUAAGUUGUUCUCGUUCAACCAGCGCAAGAUCUCGCCUGGUCUGGAGCUCGUGUUUAAUACGACCCCCAACGUCAACCGCGUCGAGACUUCGAGUUUCGAGUGCGAACCUACCAGAGCGCCCAGCUGCAAGCAAUGCGAGAAGGACGAUGUACCCUGCACGCAGACGAAGACGCCCAUCCGAUUCAGCGAUGUAUCCGGGAAGAUCGGCAAGGGGGCGACGCCGUCUCUGAUGCCUAGGUCUAGGAUACCAAAGAAGCUGGUGUACGUUGAUGAGACGGCUGAGUUGACCGCGAUGUACCAGCACGAUGACGAGAUACAACGACCUACUGACGGAAUUACCGCGGAGAGAUCAGUGCCUAUCUCGAGGGUAUCCCAGUGCCCACCAUCUAAUGACGCGACUACCGAGCCAUUUCAUGGUGCUUCGCAGUCAAGACCGUCCCCCCCAAACGACCGUUUACCACCGGGGCCAUCCGUCCUCGACGGCCUGAUCAAGCCCCCAUCGACCAUGCCACACUCGCCCAACAGCACCCUGGAAUUCGGGCUACUGGGCUACUUCAUCGACCACCUAAGCAUGUGGCUCGACCUCUGCGACCCGGAGCGGCAUUUCCAGCUUGUCGUCCCGCACCGGGCCAGACGCUGCCCACCCCUCAUGAAUGCAAUCCUCGCGGCAUCCGCUCGCCAUCUCACGCGGGUUCCAAAGUACAGGACCGCUUCCGGCGCGGUAGAGUAUGAUGGACGAGUAUUGCAUGAUCUCACUGAUGAAACGGCGCUGCAUUAUCAUAACAAGUGUAUCCACGACCUGCUGGAGUUAGGGGCGAAUCCAGACCAAACCGGGAACGAGGACUUGCUUGCAGCGGCGAUUAUCCUGCGCUUUUAUGAGGAGAUCGACUAUCCGCUUCAAGACGAGAUGAGAGAUAAUGAGCUGUUCCUGCGGGUGAUCAACAUGUUCAUCGAGGCGCAGAGCCCGGACGUCCCACUUCCUAAGGGACAGAUAUCCGUCACGACAGAAAGCACAGCGAGCGAGGCAAUCGAUCACUUCCUCGCGCUAAACGAGACUCACAGCAAAAGCUCGCCACCGACCGUCUCAAACACCACACUAGAAUCCCGCUGGUACAUGUCGACCCUGCGGCAAGCCUCCUUCUGGGUCGCCUUCCGACAAGAAGUCUACUCAGCCUUCCUGAAGCAACGCCCCCUGACAAUAUCUCUCUCGCGCUGCGCCAUCUUCCGCUCCUUUACAACCGGCGAGGACGCCCUCUGGACCGCGCGGCUGGUGAUUUUCGCCGCGGACGUGCUGGAAUUCUGCUACGGGAACACCGCACACCCACCUGCAGCUACCAUUGCCCACCACCCGACAAACUCGAAAGAGCGCUGGACCGAGCUCAACGCCCUCUCCCAGAACUGGAUCACGCACCUCCCAUCAACCUUCGAACCAAUCUACAUCCGCGAAGCCAGCCCCCAAAAAGACGAAGUCUUCCCGGAGAUCCGCUACGCAAGCAACAUCCACGUCGCGGGCGUGCAGCACCUCGAGCUCGCGCGGGUCCUGCUGGCCGUGUAUGAUCCGAGUAUACCGCGGUUGGGACUGGGGUAUCGGCAGAGCAUGCGUGGUCUCAGCGAGAAGCUUCGAGCUGCGCUCCUGAGACUGUGCGGGAUCGCCGUGUACAACCGGCAGAAUCCGCCUUCGCUGACGACGGCGUUGUUGGGGAUUGUGGUUUGCGGGGAGUACAUUGCAGAUGCAAAAGAACAGCGGGCGCUCCUUGGGUUGUUGGAUGAGUUGGAGUUUCACCAUGGAUGGCCGGUUGCGAGUUAUAGGGGGAGGCUGAAGGGGGCGUGGGGGUGGGAUGGCCGGGGGGUGUAG